GCGAGGUGACCACUGACGAUGCUGGGAUUGUGAUCUCUACGUCGUUUGUGCGGCUGGUGACAUUGCUUCCCUCCCUCUGCUUUCCUCCUGUUUACAGCUUCCGCGUGAGAGAAACAAGCGGCGCAAAACCCGGAGUCCAGCUUGAGAAAGAGACGCUUUCACCUUGUUGCUGCUGCUGCUGCGUCUCCGGCGCCAGCCCCCUCCUUCCCUCCCUCCCUCCCUUCCAGUAGUUCUUUCCUCCGGCUUGGGUCCCCGGGUCUUCUUUGGCUCGUCUGAGCCGUUGACCCAGAAACCUCGCCUGCGUGGAGCUGCUGGGGACACGCUGCUGGCGGAGGGGAGCUCCGGCUUUCCCCUCUCUUCCCCUCGCCUUCCUCUGGGGAGGGAGAUCUGAUCAGGUUUCUCUCUCCACCUUCAUUGGAGAGAGAGAGUUCGAGAGAGAGAGAGAGACCCAUCCCUUCCUUCUUUCCUCAACUGGUUGCAACUGCAAAGCAGGCAGAGAGCAGCAGCAGAAGCAGCGGCGGCUUGCAGGAACUGGCUCCCUCUCUUUACCUGCUGGCUAUGGAUCUUCCCCGCCGUUGAAGCCGAAGGAGGAGAAGGGAAAUCGGAUUUAAAUCCCCUUCUGGCUCCGGAUCGAGUCCCAAGAGUCUCGCCUGGCUCCCUGCUUUGCCUCGAGCUGGAGGGUUGAGAACUUGUGCUUGGAGGAGGAUGAAGGCAGGAGCCUUCUUCCCUCGGUUUCCUCCCCAAGGGGACCAGUUUCCGUCAUCUUUGCGGUAUGGGAGGAAAGAAGGAAGGAAGGAAGGUGCUCCUCUGAUUGACUGCCACUGCCUCGCCGAGAUGGCAUCUCCUUCGGCGUCCUUUUAAGUCCACACACGCGUUGGGUUUUUUUCUCUCCUUCUUCGAGGAUGAAGAACUCCGAUCGGUUGCAAGACUGACGCCUGGAAACUUGACACAAACAGGCGCUAUUCUCCCCAAUCCCUCUUCCCACUCCUCCUUCUCUUCGCUCUCUAUUGGGAAGGCAACUGGAGUCCAAAGGAAACAUGUGUUUCCCAUUUCUGCCUGCUUGUUUUGGUGCAGCCCGUCCUUGCAAGGCUCGGGGCGGCGGUUGCAAGGCAGCCAUGCCCGGAGAAGUUGGGGAGAUGGGGGCCCCCUCGGAGGGCUUCGCAGGGGAGGAAAGAGGGGACGAAGAAGUCACGCCGCCGAGGAAGAGGAGGAGGAGGAGGAAGAGGAGGAAUAGGAAUGGCUUGCCAGGCCGGGCGAGAAGAAAGUUAAACUUCGGCGGCUGCUUCUGGCGGGGAUGGGGGGCGUUCCUCCUGCUUCAGCUCCACAUGUUGCAAGCUCUGGCACAAGAUGAUGUUGCGCCUUAUUUCAAGACGGAACCAGGUUUGCCACAAAUCCAUCUAGAAGGGAACCGGCUUGUGCUCACAUGUUUGGCAGAAGGAAGCUGGCCUUUGGAAUUUAAGUGGCUGCAUAAUGGCACUGAAACUACUGCCUUCUCCAGUGAAUACAAGUAUCUCAUUCCAUCCUUGCAAAGAUCGGAUGCUGGUUUUUAUCAAUGUGUCGUGAGGAACCGAAUGGGAGCACUCUUGCAAAGGAAAUCAGAAGUUCAAGUGGCAUACAUGGGAAAUUUCCAGGACGCGGACAAGAGGAAGACCGUGUCUGAAGGGCAUGCCACAGUUCUCAACUUCCCUCACAUCACAAGCUACCCAAGACCACAAGUGACUUGGUUUCGAGAUGGGCACAAGAUUAUCCCAAGCAGCAGGAUAGCCAUCACGCUAGAGAAUCAGCUGGUCAUCCUUGCAACAUCAGCAGCAGACGCUGGGUGCUACUAUGUCCAGGCGGUCAAUGAAAGAAAUGGAGAAAACAAGACAAGUCCAUUUAUUUAUCUGAGCGUGACAAGUGCUGACACCGCAUCCACCACCGAGGCUCCAGUCAUUGUAAUUCCUCCUCGUAAUACAAGUGUGGCAGCUGGGAGUAAUGAAGCCGUCCUGGAAUGUGUGGGCAAUGGCAGGCCCGCUGAGAAAUUAAGCAUCGCCUGGAAGAGGAAUGGAAUCAAAAUAACCAGUGGAGUUAGCACUUUUGGGAGACGUCUUUCUAUUGCCAACCCAACCUCUGCUGACAUUGGGAUGUACGUCUGCGAGGCGCAGUUGAGAGACAGCCCUGUUGCGCCAGAGAGAGCAAAGGCUUUCCUGUCUAUCCUGGAGCCACCGUAUUUUACUGUUGAACCCAAAAGCCGAAUUGUGGUGGAAGUGGAGAAGACGGUGUCCAUCCCGUGCCAGGCGAUGGGGGUCCCUCUUCCUACUCUGGUGUGGUAUAAGGAUGCCGUCCCUGUCCUCAAAUUGCUGAAUCCCCGUUACAAGGUUCUGGUCAAUGGAAGUCUUCAGAUCCAGGGAUUGCAGCCUGAUGACUCUGGGAUCUUUCAGUGUUUUGCAAGGAAUGCAGUUGGAGAGAUGCAGACCAAUACCUUCUUGGAUGUCACGAAUGUUGCCCCCACUUUUACUCAUCCUCCAGCCGAUAUCACUGUGACUGAAGGGAUGACUGCGGUAUUAAGAUGCGAUGUUUCUGGAGCCCCAAAGCCUGCAAUUGCUUGGAGGAGAGAGCACCAGAUUUUGGCCAGUGGCUCUGUCCAGAUCCCCAGGUUCCUGCUCCUUGAGUCUGGAGGACUCCAAAUAUCCCCGGUCUUCCUUCAAGAUGCUGGAAACUAUACCUGCUGUGCCGUCAACUCUGAAGGAGUCCUUAAUGCCUCUGCUGCUCUUACUGUUUGGAAUCGCACUUUUAUCGUUCGCCCUCCUGAGGACAGCACUGUUAUUAAGGGAACCACAGCGAUGCUGCAAUGCGAAGCUGCUCAUGACCCGAGAAUUUCAAUCAGGUAUGUUUGGAAGAAGGACAACGUUGUCAUAAAUCCAUCUAGCAGCUCCCGCCUCACCAUCGACAAAGACGGCACCCUCAUCAUUAGCCAGACGUGGUCCGGGGACAUUGGAGACUACACGUGCGAAGUCACUUCCUUCGGAGGGAAUGAUUCCAGGGUGGCUCGGAUGGAAGUAAUAGAACUGCCUCACCCGCCCCAGAACCUUCUGGCCACCUUGAACUCUUCCUUCAGCCGCAGCGUCAUCCUCUCCUGGGUGCGUCCCUUCGAUGGAAACAGCCCUGUCCUUCACUACAUCGUUGAGCUCUCUGAGAACAAUUCUCCUUGGAAAGUGCACCUCUCUGACAUUGAUCCAAAGAUGACCAGCAUCACUGUGAGUGGAUUAACACCAGCCCGAACCUACCAGUUUAGGGUGUGUGCCGUCAACCAGGUGGGAAAAGGCCAAUACAGCCGAGAAACCAGCAGGUUGAUGUUACCUGAAGAACCACCAAGUGCUCCUCCAAAAAAUAUUGUGGCCAGUGGGCGGACCAACCAGUCGAUUAUGGUGCAGUGGCAACCGCCUCCUGAGAGUGAACAUAAUGGAGUCCUCCAUGGCUACAUCCUCCGGUAUCGCUUAGCAGGCCUUCCUGGAGAAUAUCAACACAAGAACAUCACCAGUGCAGAGAUUAACUACUGCUUGAUCAAAGACCUGAUCAUUUGGACUCAGUACGAAAUCCAGGUGGCAUCUUACAAUGGAGCUGGCCUGGGGAUUUUCAGCAGGGCAGUCACAGAGUACACUUUGCAAGGAGUGCCGACCGCACCGCCGCAGAACGUCCAAGCAGAAGCCGUCAACUCCACCACCAUCCACUUCUUGUGGAACCCACCUCCCCAGCAAUUCAUCAAUGGGAUCAAUCAGGGAUACAAGCUCCUGGCCUGGCCCGUUGAUGCACCAGAAACUGUAACUACCGUCACUAUCACUCCAGAUUUUCAUGGGGUUCACAGUGGCUAUAUAUCCAACCUGAAGAAAUUUACUAGUUAUUACACAUCAAUCCUCUGCUUCACCACCCCAGGAGAUGGACCACGAAGUCCACCACAGCUCCUCAGUACUCAUGAAGACAAGCCAGGAGUGGUGGGACAUCUGAGCUUCACGGAGAUUUUGGACACAUCGCUCAAGGUCAGCUGGCAAGAACCUGUAGAGAAAAAUGGCAUCAUUACAGGCUAUCAAAUCUCCUGGGAGGUGUAUAGCAGGAAUGAAUCCCGUCUUGCUCACACUCUUGCGAACACAACCCUUGAGUACAAAAUUACAGGCCUGUCGUCGCUUACCACUUACACAAUAGAGGUAGCAGCAAUGACAGCCAAGGGAACAGGCUCCAUCACAUCGUCGACAAUUUCAUCAGGAGUGCCUCCAGAGCUUCCUGGUGCGCCAUCCAACUUAGUGAUUUCAAACAUCAGCCCUCGCUCUGCCACGCUUCAGUUCCGGCCUGGGUACGAUGGGAAAACGUCCAUCUCCAAAUGGAUAGUAGAAGGCCAGGUUGGUGUCAUAGGCGAAGAAGAGGAAUGGAUCACUCUGUGUGAGGUAGAGAAGGAAUCCGAUGCUCAGCUGUUGGAGAUCCCAAACCUCACACCUUAUAUGCAUUACAGGUUCAGGAUGAGGCAGGUGAAUGUGGUUGGGAAAAGUCCUCUCAGCCAGCCAUCGCGGGUCAUUCAGACCCUCCAAGCCCCACCAGACGUUGCACCGGGGAGUGUGACUGUGCGCACCGCUAGUGAGACAAGCCUAUGGGUCCGCUGGGUGCCUCUGCCUGAUACUCAGUAUAAUGGGAACCCUGAGUCAGUCGGAUACAGGAUCAAAUACUGGAGUGUGGACACGCCAUCUUCCGUGCUCACAAAAGCCAUUAGUGAUCGGUUGGAGAGGGAAAACACUAUUGAGGAUCUAGAGGAGUGGACCGAGUAUGAACUCCAAAUCCAAGCCUUUAAUGCCAUUGGGGCCGGACCCUGGAGUGAAGUUGUACGAGGUCGAACACGAGAAUCAGUUCCUUCGGCUCCACCAGAGAACGUGUCCGCUGAAGCAGUGAGCUCCACGCAGAUCCUCUUGACUUGGGCAGCUGUGCCAGAAGCGGAACAAAACGGGCUCAUAUUGGGCUACAAGAUUUUGUUCAAAACCAAAGACACGGAGAGCAAAUUGAGUCACCAAGUUGUGAGAGGGAACCACACUCUUUCUGUGCUUCUUGGUGGCUUGCGGAAGUAUGUCCUUUAUGAGAUUCAGGUGCUGGCUUUCACUCGCAUUGGGGAUGGGGUCCCCAGCUCCCCUCCCAUCAUUGAGCGAACCAAAGAUGAUGCCCCAGGCCCCCCAGUGCGAUUGGUCUUCCCCGAAGUGAGACUGAUGUCUGUCCGUAUCGUUUGGCAACCGCCUGAAGAGCCAAAUGGAAUUAUUCUUGGAUAUCAAAUUGCAUACCGCUUGGCAACCAGCAACCCAAACAAGUUCACCACGGUGGAGGUUGGCUCCACAGUCCGGCAGUUUGUGGCUACAGAUCUCCUCCCAGAAUCAGCGUACAUCUUCCGAGCCUCUGCCAAGACGCGUCAAGGCUGGGGGGAGCCCUUGGAAGCUACGGUCAUCACUACGGAAAAGAGAGAGCGGCCAGCUCCUCCAAGGGAAUUGAAGGUCCCCCAGUCUGAAGUGACAUCACGGAGUUUGCAGCUGCACUGGGUUCCUGGAAGUGACGGAUCUUCACCGAUACGCUACUUCACGGUGCAAACGAAAGAGCUGCCAGAUGGGGACUGGAAGACAUAUUCAUCAUCUAUCAGCCAUGAAGCCACCUCCUGCACAAUUGACAGGCUGAAUCCAUUCACUUCCUACAAGCUGCGUCUGAAAGCAACUAAUGAUAUUGGAGACAGCAAUUUUGGUGCCGAGACAGAAGCAGUCACUACGCUUCAGGAUGUCCCAGGUGAACCACCCAGUUCUGUGUCUGUGAUCCCGCACACAACAUCCUCUGUCCUUGUGCAGUGGCAGCCUCCAAAGGCUGAGAGCCUGAAUGGCCUUCUCUUGGGAUAUCGCAUUUAUUACCGGGAGUUGGAAUACGAAAGCAUGGGAUCAGGACCAGAGUCCAAAAUCAUUAAAAACCCAUCAGCUUUACGAGCAGAGCUUACACCCCAGAGCAGCUUCAAGACAGUGAACAGCAGUUCUGUAUUAACGACGUAUGAAUUAACACAGCUGAAGAAGUACAAGAGGUACGAAGUUGUAAUGACAGCCUAUAACAUUGUUGGGGAGAGCCCUGCAAGUGCGCCUGUGGAAGUCUUUGUCGGCGAGGCAGCCCCAGCAAUGCCUCCUCAAAAUAUCCAGAUAAAUGCACUCUCUGCAAGCCAACUGGAAGUCACCUGGGAUCCUCCUCCUGUUGACAGCCAGAAUGGGAACAUACAAGGCUACAAGGUUUAUUACUGGGAAGAGGACAGCCGGAACGACACGGAAAAAGUGAAGGUCCUUUUCCUCCCAGAGACAAGUGUCCGGUUGAAGAACUUGACCAGUUACUCCAAAUAUUUGGUCUGUAUUUCUGCGUUCAAUGCAGCUGGAGAUGGGCCCAAAAGUAGUCCUGGUCAGGGCAGAACACACCAGGCAGCUCCCGGGGCUCCCAGCUUCUUGGCUUUCUCUGAGAUCACAUGCUCUACUCUCAAUGUCUCCUGGGGGGAGCCUGCUGCAGCCAAUGGCAUUCUGCAGGGAUACCGAGUGAUCUAUGAGCCUUUGGCCCCAGUUCAAGGGGUGAGCAAAGUAGUGACUGUGGACAUCAAGGGGAAUUGGCAGCGCUGGCUAAAGGUCCGGGACCUCACCAAGGGAAUGACCUACUUGUUCCGGGUCCAGGCCAAGACCAUCACCUAUGGGCCUGAACUGCAAGCCAACAUCACAGCGGGGCCAGCAGAGGGAUCGCCCGGUUCCCCUCAGCAUGUUCUGGUUUCGAAAACAGCCUCUGGACUGACUUUGUACUGGACAGAAGGGAUCUCUGGAGAGAAGCCCACCACCGGCUACAUCAUAGAAACCAGACCUUCAGAUGAAGGCCUGUGGGAUCUGUUUGUGAAGGACAUUCCUCGUGGUGCCACUUCCUACACCAUCAGCCUGGAGAAGCUGAAACCAGGGGUGAGCUAUGAAUUCCGGGUGGUGGCUGUGAAUGACUUUGGAUACGGAGAACCCAGCGCUCCUUCUGUAGCUGUAUCAGCUCACAUGGAGUCUCCCUUCUAUGAGGAAUGGUGGUUCCUCCUGGUCAUGGCGCUCUGCAGCCUCAUUCUCGUCCUGCUGGUGGUGUUUGUGCUGAUCUUGCAUGGCCAAACCAAGAAAUACCGGAAUUGCAACCCAGAGCCAAAGCAGGGCUUUUGCCUGCGCUCAUUCUGUCGCCGUUUGUCCCCAGGAAAAAGCAUUGCCAACGUGGAGGAAUCUGUCACUCUGGAUAAUGGGGGGUUUACGGCCCUGGAGCUCAACAGCCGACACCUCAAUGUCAAAAACACUUUCUCCAAGAAGAAUGGGACAAGAUCUCCCCCUCGCCCCAGCCCUGGGGGCUUGAACUAUUCAGACGAGGAUCUCUGUAACAAGUACAACGGAGCAGUGCUCACCGAGAGCGUCGCCCUCAACGAGAAACCUCUGGAUGCUUCAGAAUCAGAAGCGACUGAUUCCGACUACGAAGAUGAGCUGCCAAAGCACUCUUUUGUCAACCAUUAUAUGAGUGACCCCAGCUACUACAACUCCUGGAAACGGCAGCAAAAGGGCACCAAACACCCGACGCCCUACAGAUACGAGGAAUGUGUCACAAGUGAGGCGGAACCUUACUUCCAGACUGUCAUCACAACACAGAGCUCAGGGGGGGUGUACACCCCAACAGGACAGCCUGCUCCAGGCUCACGGACUCCAGUGACAGGCUUCUCCUCCUUCGUCUGACACCGGGGAAGAGGAUGGGCGAUGACGGACGGCACGAGAGCUCAGCGGCCUGCCAAACCUGGAGGACCCGCCAUCCAACCAGAGGACUGUGUGUGUGAUAGGUGCAGUGAACUGUGGGUCCAUUUCUCUUUAUCAGGGUAGGAUGGAUGUAAAUGUGAAUGUUUUUUUUUCUUUUUCAAGACAAUCAACACUUUCAAGAUCCAGAGCUGACCUUGCUUAGAUUUCUUUUGUUCGAAGAAGAAGAAAAGAAGCCCACAGAAGAUGACCACAAACUGAUAAUUUUAACCACUUUGGAAUAUAAUUUAAAGGGAUUUUUUAAGAAAAUUUUAAAAAAUUGCUUUUGUAAUGCUGCUUUGUAAAGCAGCUUGACACGGGUCGGGUAAUUUUUCCCCCCCGCUUUUCCUCAAGCCAAGGAGAUGAAUUCCAUUCUUGUGGAUCAAGUCGUUGUGAUGUAACUGAAGGUGAAUCCAUACUUUCUCCCCAACACGCUCCUUGUUUUCCCCCUACCAAGCAUCUUAAUUAGGAAACACAGAACAGAGAAAGAGGUUUUUCGGAAUGUGCGAUUCCCUCUCCUCGCUGCGUCUGCCUGCGAAGCACCAACCAAAUCCCUUUGUCUCGAUAUCAUGUCUCUCCCGGUGCCUCCGAGGUUCGCUCUGGGUGGUUUUUGAUCAACUGUCUCUUCCCUUCAUUUCUAUUCUGUUCCAACAGAACUUGUUACGCUCCUCAAAAUAUUCCCCAUCCCUAGGGUUUUGCUGUUAGGUAACUCAGCGUGAAAGCAGCAUUGGAUGAAACACCGGAGGAAAAAUGCUGGCGAGGUUUCAGUUUUGCUCUUGUCGUGGGUCUGAUUCCUCCUUUGUAGACUGCAUGUGCCAAUGUCCAUUUUGAAUCUCAAAGAAAGGAAAACCCAGCCAAAAGAGGCUCCUUGGAAUGAACGUAGUGUUUAUGAUUUGAUAAGGAGAACACAAGUAGUCGAACGCCACUCUUGUCAUUUUCAACGGUGUCCUUCCAUGUCAAGGAAACCAAGCCCACUUCUCCUUAUCCGCUUCCCCAAUGGGAUGCUGUUCUGCAGCUCUGUUUUAAAAAACAACCUACAUGUUAACACCAGAUUUGUUUGAUUUUUUUAAAAAGAUGUAUAUUUUAAUGAUUUUUUUUUAAAUACAAAGACACAUCAUACUCGA